AUGAAGGCAUACGUGGAACUUGAGAAAAUCUUCACUAGGAUAUACCGCUUCCGCCACUUGGCGGCGCUGAGCUUCUGGGACACGCAGGUGAUUAUGCCACCCGGCGGCGCUGCUGCACGUGGCGCGGCCCUCGCGGAGCUCGAGCUGCACAUCCACCAGCUGCUCACCGACCCAAAGGCCGCCGCGCUGCUGAAGGAGGCGCGGCAGGACGAGCAGCAGCUGGAGCCGCUGCAGCGUGCCAACCUCCGCGAGAUGCAGCGGGAGUGGGAGCGGGAGAAUCUCAUUCCUGACGACCUCGUACAACGCAAGGCAGUGCUAACGAACAAAGCCCAGCAGGUGUGGCGCAAGAGUCGAGAGACGAACGACUUCAGCCUGUGGCAACCCAUAUUCAAGGAGCUGAUCCAGCUUUUUCAGGAGAUCGGCGCCGCACUCGCGGGUGACAGCGGGAAGCACCCGUACGAAGCCCUGCUGCAUCUUUACGAGCCCGGUAUGUCGCUUCAGCACCUCGACGACAUAUUUAGCGACGUCAAGUCGUGGCUUCCCGCGCUUAUUCGCGAGGUGCAGGCGAAGCGGGAGGCAGAAGCAGCCACAGGUGUGACGAUUGAGCCUGUUGGUCCUUUCCCCAUUGAGACACAGCGGGCCCUCAGUCGGUAUUGCAUGGAUGUGUGGAAGUUCGACUUCGAGGCGGGGCGACAGGACCUUAGCACGCAUCCCUUCUGCGGCAACGUGAAGGAGGACGUGCGCGUCACCACAAAGUACGACGAAUCACAGUUUGAGACGGGUCUUAUGGCUGUGAUUCACGAAACCGGCCACGCAAAGUACGAGCAGAACUGUGGCCCAGUGGAGAUGGCGUCGCAGCCUGUCGCGAGCGCCCGCUCACUUGGCGUGCAUGAGGGUCAGUCGCUCUUUGCGGAGAAGAUGAUUGGUCGAUCUGGACCAUUCAUGGAGUUUAUUGCGCCGAAGCUGCGAGAGUUGUUCGGCGAUCAGCCCGCCUUCACACCGGAGAACAUGCGGCGCUACACGCAGCGCGUGAAGCCUGGCCUGAUUCGCAUCCACGCGGACGAGCUCUGCUACACGAUGCACAUCAUUCUGCGCUACGAGGUGGAGCGCGGCCUGAUUGAGGGGAAGCUGAGCGUCGAGGACGUGCCGGCGGUGUGGAACGAGAAGAUGAAGGCUUACUUGGGCCUUGAGACGCUCGGCAACGACGCCGACGGAUGCCUGCAGGACAUCCAUUGGUCGAUCGGCUACUGCGGCUACUUCCCGACGUACUCGCUGGGGGCGAUGAUCGCCGCACAGCUGAUGGCGGCCGUCAGGCGCGAGCUCGGCGACGGCGUGGUGGACGACUGUAUCCGCAGCGGCAAGCUCGACAACAUUCUCGAGCAGCAGCGGGAAAAGAUAUGGCGCCACGGCUCCACGUACACGACAGAGGAGCUGCUCCGAAGGGCCACCGGCGAGCCGCUCAACCCGAACUUCUACCGCCAGCACCUCGAGCGGCGUUAUCGCGACAACACUGGGUGA